AAUGCUUUGCGGCAGCCGCGGAAGUCCUUUCCUCUCCUUCCGCCGUCGUUGGAGUCCCUUUUGGAUUUACGUCGGCGGUCACCAUGCCAGCCCUCAGGCCCCUCACAAACCCCAAGAUCGUCAAAAAGAGGACAAAGAAGUUCAUUCGCCAUCAGUCUGAUCGAUAUGUCAAGAUCGCGAAAAACUGGCGUAAACCCAGGGGUAUCGACAACAGGGUGCGCAGGAGGUUCAAGGGCCAGAUGCUGAUGCCCAACAUCGGGUACGGGAGCAACAAGAAGACCAAGUACCUGCUGCCCAACGGCUUCAAGAAGUUCCUGGUGCACAACAUCAAGGAGCUCGAGGUCCUGAUGAUGAGCAACAGGACUCACUGCGCUGAGAUCGCCCACAACGUCUCCUCCAAGAACAGGAAGGUGAUCGUGGAGCGAGCGGCUCAGCUCGCCGUCAAGAUCACGAACCCCAACGCCCGGCUCAGGAGCGAGGAGAACGAAUAAACCCGUUGUUCACAAUAAAUGUUUGAAAAGAA